CUGCCUCUUUUCAUACUACACAUCCAUGUCUCAUCGGCAGAAGAUGUGAACACACUUUGAUACACAGUUGUUGUUUUUUUUUUUUUAUUUUAAAGGAUUUCUUCAUAACUUUCGGGUUCCUUAGCCUCCAGCUUAGCUUCUGGAUCUAAUCUCAUUUCUCGGAAUCAGCAUCCAUUGUGUCUUACCUUCAUUGACAUUGGACAACAUCUCACAUGGCAGGUUUUCGGACCACUCCAUGGAGGUUGAUUUCUGGGGUUUUAGGAGUAAUAUGCCUUUUGUUGAUGGUAACUUUGGGAGUUUUGUUGAAAAAUUCACUUACUAAACAAAGCGUUCAGCUUGGACCCUCCACAGAUCUCAGUGAAGAAUCUGGCUGCUAUUCUUGCCAAGAAAAAUGGAUUGGCUACCAAUGCAACUGUUAUUUCAUCUCUAAUGCAGUAAAAACAUGGAAAGACAGUAGGGAUUUUUGUGUUUCUCAUAAUUCCAGUCUACUUCAGAUACAAAACAGAAAUGAACUGGGUUUUAUGAAGUUCAGUUCCAGUUUUUACUGGAUUGGACUUUCUUACAGUGAAGAACAUCAUGCCUGGUUGUGGGAGGACAAUUCUACUCUCUCCCAAGAUCUACUUCCUUUAUUUCACACUGUAAAUCCAAAGAACUGCGUAAUAUAUAACCCAAGCAGCGGUGCAUUGAAUGAAGACUGUAAAAGUACAAAUAGUUACAUCUGUAAGCAACAGUUUAUUUAGAUGUUUCUUGGGGCAGAAGUAUUCUGCAAUGAAGAUUUAGACUUACUUAGAAUGCCAAUGUAUUAUUACUAUCUAUUUCUGGGAUCUGUAAAAUGUUUCAAACUGUGUCUUAUCAACCAUGUAAUUUUCAUAUAUUUGAAACAUAUGCUUCAAUUUUUUAUCAAUACAUAAUUGAUAUAUAAAUUAUAUUGGUUUUAGAUAUACAACAUAGCAAUAACUAGACAGUAAGUCUAAUUAACAUUCAUCAUUGUUAUAGAAACAUUUUUUUAGUUAUAAUUUUUAUUUUGUGAUGUUUUAAAAUUGAUGAAACUUGUAUACCUACACUGAAAUUAUAGAGUCAAGAUAAAUAAUUUCAUGAAUAUUUAAUGUAUACGGUCAAUAGUGAAUUUCAUAAUUUAUACAUCUAUUCUUAGAAAUUCUCUCUGCUAAAAUUUAAAUAAAACCUAGUUCCUACCAAAUAAUAUAUAUCAAAAUCAUAUCUGUCCUUUGAAUGGCAUCAGUUCAAUUCAGCUCUGUUGCUCAGUCAUGUUCGACUCUUUGUGACCCGAUGAAUUGCAGCACACCAGGCCUCCCUGUCCAUCACCAACUCCCGGAGUUCACUCAAACUCAUAUCCA